AUGGUGAUACCACAUCUGGUGCUCUAUCUGUUGAAGCACUGGCCGAAGACGUGCACAUAUAAAGAGCUGCUGUUCAUCAACGAGCUGGCAAAAAUUCUUCACUGCAUCUAUGUCUCUGACUUCAAGUUGGUUCAGGAGCCUCUCUUCAAGCAGCUGGCCCGAUGCCUCUCCGGCUCAAAUCAUGUGGUGGCAAAGGCAGCGCUGGAGUUCUGCACAAAGGAGCAUAUCAUCGGUUUUAUCCAUGAAAAUGCAGAGGAGAUCCUGCCCAUUUUGCUGCCUGCCCUGUUCCAGUGUUCAAACAGGCAGCUAUAUGAGCCCAUUGACUACAUCCUGACCGAGUUGCUGCCACAGUUGCUCAACAUGGAUCCUGGGCUCUUUUCACACUGCACAAAGCAGAUCAGGGCUACAAGAGACAAAGAGCAGCUGAGGUCCGAAGUAAGUGAAAAGAUGUGGCUGAAGAUCGAGGUGCUCGCCAAGUCCAAAGCACAGGUGAGCAAUGUGUAAAAUGACAUAAAUACAUCUGAACGUAAUAUCAUUUGUGCUAUGUGCAUAUUUUUGACCAUGUAUAAUGCUGU